CAACUUCCUAUAAACCUUAAAUAACAAAAAAAUGUUCAAAUAUUUCCUUCUUGCUGCCUUGAUCGCCUGCGCUGCCGCUGGCAAUCCUGAGGAUGAGCAUGCUGAAGCUACUCUCUUAAAAUCCGAUGUUAGAGCUGAUGGUUUCGAUUCUGCUUUGGAGACCACCAAUCAUAUCCAUCAAGUUGCCUCCGGUGAUGAACAUGGCAAUAUUCAUGGUGAUUACGAAUGGGUUUCUCCCGAAGGUCAACAUGUUGCCGUCAAAUAUGUUGCCGAUGAAAAUGGUUAUCAACCUGUCAGUGAUGUUUUGCCUACACCUCAUCCCAUUCCUGUCGCCAUCUUGAAGGCAAUUGAAUACAUUCAUGCUCAUCCUCCAAAGGAAGAAUAUCAUCAUUAGGUUUUAAUUAAAAACUUAGAUGAACCAAAAAAAACUUUGCUUAAACUGCCAAUAAAGAUAAAAUUUCAUAAAGAAAUUUAAAU